UGUGGGUGUGCUUUUAGUAAUUUUUUUAAAGUUUCAUUGAUUUUCACGAAGGUUAACUCAGUUAUUUGAAUUAUUUCCUCUUUAAUGUAUUGAAAUACAUGGUGGAUAAGAAUUUUAAGUAUCAAAAUAUUUGUCAACCUGUUAGUAAGAUAUAUAUCAAGUAUGGCAUCAUUUGCGGCACAAGCUGCACUCCGAUCACGGUGGAGCUCCCUCAUUGAGUCUACAAGUGUUGAUGUACCGGGUGAAGUAACUGAUGGUGUCCGAUCAGUUGUCGGCUGGCUCAAACAGGCCUCCCUGGAAGUUCGGCAGGUCGGCAGACGCGCUGUGAGUCAGUUGGCCGGUAGAGGCAUGGCAGACGAUGUUCUAAUCAUUCACUUCAAUGAUGUAUACAAUAUUGAACAGACGACAAGUACCGAACCCGUGGGAGGUGCUCUAAGGUUCAGCACAGCGGUGAAAGCUCUUCAUCAUCUGAAUCCUUUAGUUCUGUUCAGUGGUGAUGCGUUCUCGCCUAGUAUGUUGAGCACGUUCACGAAGGGUGAGCAAAUGGUUCCGGUGCUCAACGAAAUUGGAACGCAUUGCGCUGUGUUCGGAAAUCAUGAUUUUGACUUCGGUCUAGAUGUGCUAUCAGGUCUGGUGGCGCAGUGCAGCUUCCCAUGGCUCAUGUCGAACGUGAUCGACAACGAGACGGGCAGACCGCUGGGGGAUGGCAAGAUAACCCACGCGCUUAUCUGCAACGGGCACAAGAUCGGACUCAUUGGAUUAGUUGAACAGGAAUGGUUGGAGACCCUGGCGACCAUAAACCCAGAGGAAGUGACGUUUAUUGACUUCCAACAGGCUGGGGCGAAGCUGGCUUCACAGUUGAAACAAGAGGGUUGUGAGUACGUCAUAGCGCUCACACACAUGCGAACACCGAACGACGUGAAGUUGGCUGAAAGUACCAACGAUAUCGAUCUGAUUCUGGGAGGGCAUGAUCACGUGUACGAGAUUCUUGAGGUUAACAACAAGUAUAUUGUCAAGAGUGGCACCGACUUCCGGCAGUUCAGCAAGAUCAAUAUUAACUUCUCUGGAGAGAGCCCUCGCGUUGACAUAUCUGAUGUUAAGAUUAACAGUAGCAUUGCAGAAGACCUUGUACUAAAAGGAAAGGUGGAGAAGUAUUCAGCGAUGAUUGAGGGUAAAAUGGACGAAGUUCUGGGCAAAUUCUGCGUGCCGCUGGAAGGGCGGUUCUCGUGUAUCCGCAAGCAGGAAUGUAACCUCGGCAACUGGGUGUGCGACGUUCUACUGGCAGCCACCGGCGCUGAUCUGCUACUCCUCAACUCAGGCACCUUCAGAUCUGACCAGGUCCACCCGGCAGGUGACUUCACUCUUCGCGACCUGUCAACAAUAAUACCCAUGAGGGAUCCUCUGGUAGUUGUCGAGGCGAGCGGUGACGUCAUUCUACAGGUGUUGGAAAACUCGGUCAGCAAAUAUCCAAGUCUCGAAGGAAGGUUCCCUCAGGUGGCGGGUGUAUCGUUCGCGUUCGACCCGUGUCAGCCCCCCGGGUCGCGGGUCGCCGGGCAAGUUGUGAAGAUCGGUGACGAGUACCUCCAGAGGGAACAGAAGUACCGGCUGGCGAUCAAACAGUACUUGCACGCGGGGAAUGAUGGAUUCACCAUGCUACCGGAUUGUCCUGUGCUGGUAAGCGAUGACAUGUGCCCCGAGAUCGGCAUGGCCAUACAGAACCACUUCUCUGCGAUUAGAAUGCGUACGGGACGAAGUAAGCACUCGAAACAUCGGCAGUCUCUUGUUACGCUCAGCAGGCGGCACAGCUUAGUGAAGAUGUUGGAGAAUAGCUCGCUAGAUGGACCGCCGCCGCUUCGUCGCGCGUCUUCUGCCGCAGUCGACGCCGCGCCAGCCCACCGCAGGUUAACUCGUCGUGCUUCGCUGGACGAUUUAGAACAAAAUGCGUGCGAACUUGCGCCCAAGAUUGAGAAUAGGAUUAUUAUACUCAAUAAGCCAGAGAAACUACAAGAGUUAUUAGCGGAGCGUGCCAGAUGGGAGUCAGACUCGAUAAUUAAGGAGGUUGAUGAAAAUUCACCAUAAAAAAUGUAUGAAGGUUCUAGAAUAGUAUAUAUAAAAAGCAAUUUAUAGCGCACUUAUUACGCACGGUGAAUGAUAACUAUACAUAUUAUACAGAAUAUUUUAAUCGAAAUAGAAAUCUGUUGUAACAUAAAAAUGGCCGACCCAUUUUAGUAACACUAACCCCCUUAUUCAUAAUGGUCCGCUAACUUUAAACAGCCGCUAAGGAGUGUUUUUUCUCAUUCUGACUUAGGUCAAUAGAAGAAGACAGAGUGAGAAUUAGCAAUGCUUUAAGUUAGCAGACUAUUAUGAAUAAGGGGGUUAGUCUUAAGACUUGCUUAAAAUUGUUUAUAAUAACAGGUUCGAUACACAAAUUAAAUUUGAAAAUAAAAUUUAUGAACGAUGCGGUAUUCGAACCCACGGCCUCUCGCGUUCCGUUCAAAGAAAUUGUUUCUUUCAAAACAAUGAAAGAGCGACAUCUCAAGUCAAUUUGCUAAUAUUGGGGUUGACCAGGUUAUCAACUUUAAAGUAGAUCCUGUAGAUGGAGCCUGUAGAGGAUGAGAGUUAAACAGGACAUAUCAAGAUUUAUGUACCCCACGUCACUCGAACGGUUGGCUCAGUUGGAAGAGCGCUCGCACGGAACGCGAGACGCUUCGGAUUCGAGUCCCGCAUCGUUCAUAAAUUUUGUAUUCAAAUUUAAUUUGUUUAAUUAAUCCCAGAAAUGCGGGUUAUCACUUUGAAAAAUAACAUUUUGCUUAGAAUAAGUUAGAUCAAAAUAUCCCGUUACGUUAUAAUAUUAUACACAAUAUUUUAAUUGAUUUAAAAAGUAGAUAGGUGUAACUUAAAUCGGUAGCCUCAUCUAACACUAUAAUUUAAAUAAAAGCUUCGAUCAAAUAUAUAUAUGUAUAUAUUUUAAGCUAAGCUAAUUGCAAAAGUUCAGUGCCCUCUGUUAGUACGUGCACGCAAACUAAUGCAUCUAAUAAAUGAAACUUUUACUCUUACAGUAUUUAGCAGAGAUGAUAUAGGAACGUUGAGACACUAAGGAUAUUUUAAAACGAAAAAAAUUGAAUAAGUGUGAUAUAAGAAUAUGUGAAAAAUAACAUUAAAAAUAAAUAUAAAUUGACUAUUUAGUAAACAUAGCAAAAUAUUUUUUUUUUAAAUAAAACAACAAUAACAAACUAUAAUAGUAAAUUGCUUAGAUUUGAACUUAUAAUAGGCCCCAAUCGCCUAGUCUAGUUGUAUAAUGUACGUCGACAACUCACGCAAAAAUCAUUAUAAAAUAUUUUGGUCCUUCGAUCGCUGGAUCAUAUCAUCAGAAUCAAUGUGAUUUUUGUUAGUAAUAUGAAAACUAACAGGUUUCAUAUCAUUUGAGGGUUUAUCAAUAAUUGCAAUAUCGAAAAUAUUAUUAGUUUAUACAAAUUCCUUUUUAAAGGAUUAAAUUUAUUCGAAUGGUAAUAUAGUAUCCUGACCUUGUUGAUCGCGAAAUUAACGAAAUGUCGUGAUAAAUGUGUAAAUUUUCUUAAUUAUUUAUGUAAGUUUUACGCGAAUUAAUUCUUGAUAUCGUAUUGGAUUUUCAAUAUCUGUCAUAUUAUGUGUAUACCCGCGGUAAUUACAAAAUGUUUUCGUUGUUUGUUCUAUUUAAAGAGAUCGCUUUUUGGAAGGUAUCGACAUUGAACGAGGUCAAAAAAACACGUACGACUGAAGAGAAAUUACUUCAAAUACAUUUUAAAAUUGCGCUUUAUAGCGACAAAUUAUAAACCAUUAAGCCCUUUUUAAAUAAUAGUAAUUAUAUAUAUAUUAGUUCUUUGAAUUACAAAUUAAAGGUUGAAAUUACAAAAUAAAACGGAUUAAAACGAGUUAUGAACGCACCUCCAUUCAUGUUUAAUUUGACAGGAGCACAGAGUACAUUUUUUUUAAUUCGUUCUUGCGAACAGGCUAUAGACUUACUGCCUUGUGUUUAGUAUUUUAAUUUUCGUUAUUUAUUUUGAGUAUUUUGUUUUUCAAAAAAGUCCAAAACAGUAUUCUCAUCUCAUCUUUCAUCAAUCAAAUUUUCCUUUUCUGUAUGUUUUAUGUAAGUUUUCACUAUUUUUUAAUGUUAUUAACAGCGAGAUUCACUGUCCGCUGAGAAAGCAGCAACUUUUUUUGAAUCUCUCACUUUGACACAUAAGCUAUCCAGUUUAGGUUGAAAUAUUACCUCAUGGUACGAAUGAAUGAGCGAAAACAGUUUGCGAUUCAAUUACCGACUUGAUUUGAUGUCAACCUAAAUUGGAUAGCUCUAAUGACGUCGUGGUAUGAAAUCGCAAAGCAGAUCAUUUUAGGUCGUCAAUUGAAUCGCAUUUACAGUUCAUGGUAGGCCUGCUGAUUUAUGGGUUUUUUUUUAUUACUUAUUGAAAUUAUUAUUGUCAAUUUCAACUAGCUUUGUGAUAUUUUCUCUUCACACACACAUACUCACGCGUUGUUCCCGUCGGGGUAGGCAGAGACAAUAGAAUGCCAUUUUUGCUUCAAUCCUUACAAACCUCACGCGCUUCCUCUACAUUCAUUACUCUUUUCAUACAUGCUCGCGGGUUGCGGGUAUUCGGACCUCUCCUUUUCUCACAACGUCCCCAAUUUUCUCUUCAGUGCGGUUUUAAAGAACUUUAUUUCACCUACAACCAAACUGUAUAAUGUACAUCCUCAGGCGGUUUCCUUUGAGCUGUUGUUGGGAUUCCAACAUACUCGUCCUCGAUCCCGAAAAUUUGAACAUUCUACCACUGUUUAUUGACAAAGAAAUCGUCUUUAUAUUUUGAGCCAUAAGGUCGAGUAUUGUUUACCACUCGUAUCUUAUGUACGGUUUACGCUUUAUUUUGAUUUACAUUUGUAUGACCCAGAGUUUUGUAGAUGGAGUUUUUUUUUAUGAUAUAAGGGACGAGACGAGCAGGACGUUCAGCUGACGGUAAUUGAUACGACCUGUCCAUUACAAUGCAGUGCCGCUCAGGAUUCUUAAUAAAACUCAAAAAUUCUGAGCGGCACUACAAUUACGCUCGUCACCUUGAGACAUUAGAUGUUAAAUCUCAUUUGCCCAGUAAUUUCACUAGCUACGGCGCCCUUCAGUCCGAAACACAGUAAUGCUUACACAUUACUGCUUCCCUAACACACACACACACACUUCACAUAAUCUAGCCAGCAUCAUGUGCAAAGUAGCCUCCCACUAGUAGAUAAACUGGUAGAUUCAUUCUUAGCUUGAAAUAACCAGGCUAUAUAAUUCGAUUCAGAGUUUUGUGACUCACAGAUAUUUAACUAGUCAUUACCUUAUACUUAAGUUCUAAUUUUCACGAACAACAUUAAUCUUAUGAAGAAACUAUCAACGAAAUCUGUAUCAAUUAUUUAAUUGAGUGUCUAUUUACAAUAUAUUUAGAUCGAUUUUCUAUAUUAUAUUUAUUAUGCUUAACUAUUUAUUAAAGUGCUUUAGACUAAAGAUAUUAAUAAAAAGAUUUUUUCUUUAUAAUUAUACUGGAAUGGAAAAAAUUAUAAACUACUCGGCCAUUUUUUUUAAUUAUUUCACUAAUUACAAAGCUAUACAUUAGAUAGUAAAAGUUUACUCUAAGGUUCUUAAUGGUAUUCAUGUGAAAACUUGCAUUAAGAGCGUAGGUUGUGAACGCGCCCCUAUUAAGGAGUUUAUAUUCUGAUGUCUGAUGUGUUCAAUGUUUCGUGGUUUGGAAUUUAAUUAAGUUAUAUUAAAUUCUAAAAAAUAUUGUGUUUUAGUAUAUACACAAGCACGUUUAAAUCUUAUAUUUAUCUUUUAAUUAAAAUAAUUUAAGUCAACGUCCCUUUACAUGAAAUGAAGCCACAACCUGAGAGUUGAACAGAGCAAACAGAAUUUUAUAACGAGGCGGUACUCGAACGGUUGGCUCAGUUGGUUAGAGCACCGGCACGGAACGCCGGGGGUCGUGGGUUCAAGUCCCGCAUCGUUCAUAAAAUAUUGUUUUUCAAAUUUUAUUUGUACAUGAAAUCUUAGUAAAUUUUACGCUGAUUUAAUAAAUUUACUUCCAAUUCGUAGUUGUAGUGUUUAUACUAAUUAUUACUGUUAUUUCAGUAUAUUAUUAUGACAAUGACACUUCCAUUUUUAUGCUCAUGUGCAAAAUACUAAUUAUAAGUGUACUUAGAUUAAAGAUUGUUCUCCGGUGCGAUCCAAUGUGCGGCAAGUAAUACUACGCCUAAGUGGGCGUACUCGAGCCAGUCUCGAACAAUGUGUGACGUUGGCGUGCCACAUGUUCUGUUAAACUUUGCUAAUAAUUGAAACUAAAAUGGCGGGUUGACUAAUAAAACUCUGUAAAAAUAAUACUACAAGAAAUAAAAUGAAACUUCGUAAAACAUAUCAACAGUAAGUAUUUUGUAUUUUUAUUAAUUUCAAUGUAAGAUAACACGAAGCGUAUAUUAUAAAAUAUGAAAGAUGCCAAGCACACUACUAGCAUCUAAUAGUUGCCGUAGAAAUAAAGCUAGUUCUUAAGUAGUGCGGUAUCUAGUUGGAGCGCAGCGGAGACCAAUCCUUAAUCUAAGUAAGUGUAAUCAAUACGACUAUUUAAUUGCGUAAUUAAUUAAUUUUAGCAUAAGAGUUAAAUAUAUCUCAGCGGUAUUUUACAUUAUUAUCAAUUGUUAUAAUAUUGAUAUUGCGUAAUAGUACAAGAUUUGAAUGCGUUUUUGUAACUUUAUCUGUUAUUUAAUGAGUACGCAAUACUUUUAUUUACUUAUUUACCUAAAUAAGUAAAUAAAAGUAUUGCGUAAAUAAAUAAUAAAUUAAAAUACCUAUUUUAAUUUAUUAUUUAUUUAGAUUAUAAAUUAUACUUAUCAUAUCACUGCUAUAGAAAACAUAUUGGCAACAAUAAAAAUAUGACUGUUUUUUUUUAUAAAAAUUGUGUAAUUUUUUUUUAAAUAUUUAGUUCACUUUGAAAUUAACGGUUUACCCGAUCCAAAUGAUUUAUAAUUAAUGUCAGAAAGAGUCAUGUUAAGAACUUGAAAAGUUUGGGUUUUCGUAUUAUCUGCACUCUUUUCAUAACCAUGUUUGUACAGAUAUUAUUUCAGCAUUAAUUUUAAAGUUAAAGGCGUUUUAAUAAAUUAGGUAAAAAUUUAAUACUUACUCCCUUCACAGGCAUAGAAGUUAUAACCAUAACUCUCUUAAUAAUCUAUAAAAAAUUAUAUUUUAAUUAAAAAAACAUAUGUACGUAAAUAUAGCGAAGUCGGAUCUUGGGCUAUUAGAACACGUACGACAUCAUUUCUAACAAAUUAAAAUACUUAGUUAAAUAAUAAUUCAAUCGAUAUUUCUUUCAAAGUCACAUACUUAUCAUGGAAUUCAUGAUUAUAGAUAUAUUUUUUUUCCCACCUCGGUGAAAAUUUCGCUUUUCGUCCCUGGUACGGGGGAGAAAAGUGGCCGAUUAUCUCCCGGCAAGAUGACUUUUGUCCCUCGUAACAGGGACUAAAAGCGAGCUUUUUCAUCCAGGUGUGAAAAAAAUCGUAUACGCACCAAGUGAGAUAAGUACGACAUUAUAUAAUAUAUAUAUUCCGCGAUUGACAAUGACCUUCUUUUCUCCCUAGGUGCGUAAUAUACUAUUUAGAAUCCAACAAGCUUCAUUUUGAAGUGAAAUUUUUUCAACUGUUUAGGUUCCCUGCACUUUCUCAACUCAAAAUGUCAACACAUUUAUUAUUUUAUUUUAUACGGUUGACAGGAAAUGUUUGCAAUCGAAUGUAAAAAAAUAUUAAGAGUUCAUUUAAGUAGAAAUUACAAUAGGGAUAGGAAGAAGUUAGAAGUUUGUAUCUACCUCAGUUACAGUAUUAUCGGUGCAUAAUCUUAUAUAGCGGUUAUAUAAUCUUCAUCGCUUAUACAUACAUUAAUUAUUUAAUAAUACAAUCAUUUACUCCUGGCAGAAAAUAUGCGAAAAUAUUUUCUUAAAAUCUAUUCGGAAAGCCUUAACGGCUUACGGUAUUGACAUAACGCGGUCUUUUCUCAAGUCCGAUGAGAUAAGGCCCGGUGUCCACCAAAGCGGAGAGGAGAGAUGUUUUUUGAUAACCAAUCAGAUUUCGUUAUUUCUAUAUCUCCUCUCUGCUUAGCUUGGGUGGAAAUAGACCAAGGAGAGAGAGAGAAGAGGAGAUGUCUCAUUUGUCUAUAGAAUUUUGUGCCGCGUCGCGCGAUCAAGUGGCGCGGCGGAGCGGAGAUGCGUGUAGGCGGGCUUAAUAACACAUUAAACUAAUUUAGAGCUCUCACAGGCCACAUUUUCGCUACACACAGCUCACAUCUAUGGUGGAAAUAGCCUGACAACUUCGCGGCUUAUCUCCUCUCCGUUUUGGUGGAUACCGAACCUAAGUAUAAAAAAGGCCUACUAAAAAUGUCGCGUUUUUUUACCUAUUAUUCGUUCUGACGUGGUUGCCGACAGAUUUUAGAUAAAUAUGAUUUUCUAUAUACAAGAGCUGACAGCUGAUUGAAAUGAAUUAUUUCGAUCACAAAAAAACGAAAAUCUUUGGUUGAUGAAACAAAAAAGAUUGACUAACAAUAUUCGAAGUUAAAAUUAUGUUUUGUUCAAUUAUUACUGUAGGUAUUUUAAUAAAAGCCUACAAUAAAAUAAUCGUCACCUAUUAAAUGAAUACUAGGGCAAGUGGAAAUAAUGGUAUACGGCAAUUACGCAAAUGAUUACUUUUGGACGGUAUUGUGAUUGAUUUGAAUGGCAUUACAAAAUUACUAAGAUGUUUUAUACCGCUGAAAAUACAUUUACACUUUUGAAAACAAAACAUUUAUUAUUAUCAAAUUGUUUACAUUAAUGUAUUAUGAAAUAUAUUCAUUGUAUCACUAAAAUAAUAAUAUUGAAGUAGGCUGUAUGGCUAUAUGUAAUCAUUUGGUGCGUGAAAAAAAAAAAUUGUGUGGUAAAUACAUGUUUGGUUCUUCAUCGUAAGUGUGUUGAAAAAGUCCGUAUGAAACUUGCUUACUCUACAGAUACUCGGCUGAUUUAUUGCCCACAGCCGCGUGUAUAAGGCCUGGCAUCGACCAAAGCGGAGAGGAGAGGAGAUGUAUUUUAAUAACCAAUCAGAUUUCGUUAUUACCACAUCUCCUCUCCGCUUAGCUUCGGUGGAAAUGGAUCAAGCGGAGAAGAGAGAUGUCUCAUUUUUCUAUAGAAUUUUGUGCCGCGUCAAGCGAUCAAUAGAACGGAGAUAUAUUAUUAUUAUCCUUAGCCUUAUCCAGAAUCUGUUUUCGAUAGUUUAAAUAUUGAAGAAUUCAUUGUUUAUUUAACCUCUAAUUCCUUUUCCUCAAGCAGGUUAAAAUAUAAUCUUUGUAGCGACUUAAUGUCUUCCUGUCGUAGACAUCACUUGACUAAUUUAAGCCUGACAGCUUUGCGGCUUAUCUCCUCUCCUUUCCGCUUUGGUGGACACCGGCCCUAAUGAGCAAGUUAGCUUGUAUCAUAAUAUACUAUUACGCUCUCGAUAGUCUCCGCCCACUUAUACAAUACAGCAGUGCCUUUCGUUCAUAGCUUUAGACUACAAUCUUAUGCUUAUAGGCCUUAUGCCAUUGUAAUAGGGUUGUAUAUUGCCUAGCCUGUGCAAAUUUUUAUAGUCAAUGUUGUCGAGUCUAGUAUAUUACUUUAUCUUCUACGUAAGGAGUGUUUCAAAUGUAUAUAACAAGUCUGUAAAUAUCCGUAACGUUGCAAGCGUACGUAGCAUUGAAUAAAGUCAAAUUCAACAUGUAUAUUUCUAUUACCUUGUUAAUUUAGAUUUCCAUGGUCUAUGCAAAGAGAAUAUACAAAUAUUUUGAAAGCGUGUGGUUUCAAAUCAAAUUAAAAUCACUAUUCAUGUAGGUCAUAGAAAUGAUACUUAUGAAUGUCAAAAAAAAUUUUUUUCUUAUUGAAUCUACUGCUACUUCGUAAAGGGUUGAGCUAAUGAGAAGAAGUAGCAAGAAAGUCAUUGCCACUCUUUUAAAUCAAGAAACCUUUUCUUAUUACAAUAGUUAUUAAUUAGAAUUAAAACUCAACUGCCAGAAUAUACAGAAUUAUAUAUUACAAUAAUUAUAUUAUUUAGUUAUGAUAAUAGGGUAUAUGCAUGUAACUUAUAUUUAGUGGAAAAAUUAUUUUUUCUAAUCUUUAUUAUUUAUUAUUUUAUUUUAAAGUUUUCUUAAAAUUUUCUUUUUUUUUAUUAAAUUUGUGCUGAAUUAUUAAUAUUAAAUAUACAAAAGCGCAAUAAAUACGCGCGAAAUAUAAAACAUCGAAACGCAAUGCUAUUGGUUGAAGCGCAGUGUGACGUCAGAAUCUAUCCCAAAAAAUUUUAUCUAUAUCUUUAUAUAUAUAUAUAUUUCUUGUGUGCGUGUGUAUGUCACUGAACUCCUCCUAGACGGCUGGACCGAUUAUGAUGAAACUUUCUGUGUGGCUUCAGGUGGAUUCGAGGAUGGUUUAGAUUCACAAUUGAACUACCUCCUAAACGGCUGGACCGAUUUUGAUGAUUUUUUUUGUGUGUUCCAGUGAAUUUGUGAUUGGUGUGUGUCUUUAGGUGGAUUCGAGAAUGGUUUAGAUUCACAAUUAAACUACAUCCUAAACGGCUCCAUUUGUGUUUGUCUACAGCCCUAUAAUAUGUUAUAUCUCUUACCACAUACAAAGAACGACGUUGCACAAAAGCCUUCUCUCUCACACGCCUCCUUACACGUCAUAGUCUUUCUCUUUCAUGCUUUUGUUUCGCCGUCGUUCGCUAUAUACGGUCUUAUACUCGACCCGAAUAUAUCACGAAAUUUGUUACUGCUUUAUAUGUAGCUGGUGUUAACAUAAUCAAUAUUAUAGCUUAUUAGCUAAAUCUAUUUUAGAAUUAAUGUUUGUUCAACUGUUAUCGUGUGUUAUAUAGCUUUAUAUGGUUUUCUAUCUUUAACAUGUUAUACCAUGAUCAUAUGUUAUGUCUUUAAUUCAAUUUCAAAUGUUUUUAUUCAAAAUUGGAUUUGCGGGAACCCUUAUAGAUUCGUCAUGUCCGUCUGUCUGUCCGUGUAUGUCACAGCCACUUUUUUCCAAAA